AUGGACGUGUCAAACGAUGGCUCCGAGUCAGUCGACCAGUUUCUGGCUCGGAUUGCCAGCCUCAGUUCCCGACAGACUGCCGAGGAGGCUGAGCGAUCAAAGCGAACGGAGGAAGAGUUGUUGCAAGCCAGAAAAGAGAGACAGGCAAGAAGAUUAGAACGCGCUCGGUCGCUGUCACCCUCAAAGACUGGCCCUGCAGCGUCCUCGAGGCCCAGGGGAGAGGCUGCGCCGAAGCCGACACAAAGCAUUGAACCUCCCGUUGCUCUCACCCCUCCUCUUCAAUCACGAACUCUGGGCCGCUCUGGCUCAAUAUCCCCAAGACAAGAUCGAGCAUCCUUUACAGGGCUAGACUUCUCUCGACCUCUACCACCUCCACCUCCACUGACGGACGACGAACCGACUCUGCCCAGCCCGUCUGCUCAUGCCACCACACUUUCGAGAAGUGGCACACUGUCAUGGAACCAGAGGCCUUUAUCAAGAGGAGGCGCUGUGCGAUCCCGGCCGUUGUCUGUUGCAUCCAUCCCGGAUUUAGGACCCUCCGCUCCGAGUGCCGCCCCUCAGAAAGCCGAGGACGAGAUGUCGAGGAAAGAUAUUGCUGCGACGCUGGAAACUAGAGAUCCUUCGUGGUUUCGUCAGACUGCUGAUCGAGGCGUGGGCUCUGCGGCAUACCGCAAGAAUGAGACGGAUUCAGACACAAAGACUGGUUCCGCGAGCCGCGGCAUGCGGCUCCCGGGCAUGUCCAAUGCUGCAGAAGAUCGCUCAGAGGAAGAAAACGGGAAACCCACGCCUCCGUCGUCACCUCCAAAAUCGGCUCAUGCGUUGUCUUCUAGCCAGCGACAACUGUCGAGCUCAGACCUGCCGAGACCGCGGCCAGUCUCCAUGGUAUCCUCGUCCCCUUCAAAAUCUCCUGCGCUGGACAUGCCGACCUUUAAGCCACUAGACCUGAACACCUCCUUUGCUGUAGACACACCUGGUCUGGGAAGGACUUCCAGCAUUUUGUCUUCUUCGGGACGUCCUCCGUCGCCAACUAAGGGUCUGGGUGGUUUUGUGGAAAGCGCAAUGAUGAAGCGGUCGGACAGUGUUAGCAAGAGAUGGAGUGUACAAGCAAGUGCAGGCUUGAAGCGAGGUGACUCGGUUGCCUCCAACCGCCCAGCACACCUUGCUACCGUCUCAGGCUAUACUUCUGGUCACAGUCGUGGUUCCUCAAGAGAUGUUAGAGGCUCGCGCGAUGGUCAUUCCUCCCCACUCUCGAGCUCGAGACCUGUUUCAGGUCACGGAGAGCCUGUUAUAAUCACAAAAGGUCGCUCACUACCCCGGCCGGAAGACGAUCCAGUGGCAUCUCCAGACGCCAUACCCAAGCAAGAGGCCCAAGCCGAAGCAGCUAAAGUUUCUGAUUUACCACCACAGACCCGUCCGGUAACACCACCACCGUCCGAGACGAUCUUAUCUCGUAGCCCUUCGAAGACUAUAGAUCCUCGUCGCUGGAGUCCGACAAAGGCCAGUUGGCUCGAGAGCGCCCUAAACAAGCCGCCAGAGUCUCCAAGAGCAGCGAAACCCGAAAUGCCAGCAUGGAGGCUGAGCAUGCAGCGUGCCAAGCAGGAACAGUCCCAACCGUCUGAAGCCGGCAAAGACGCCUGGUCAAAGCCCGUAGUAGCAACCAAAGCCCUCAGCACAUCAUCAACAAAGGACUCGAAGACACUCGAAAAUGCGACCGCGAACGGUGUGGCUGUAGGUCUAGACUCGACGAAAGCUGGGCUUGAGAAAUCUAACUCGACAGCAACGCCGUCUUCAGAUGCCAUUGAUGCGCACAAACGUAAUACAUCCUCCACGUCGACCAAGGAGGAGAGACCCAUUGUUCCAGCCAAGAGAAAUCUCACACCGGUUCAGCUUGGGUCAAGCUCGACCGAAAAGGUGAUUAGCACGUCUGUUACACCAUUGCAGGCUGAACAAGACACGGCCAAAGGGCUCCAGAACCCUACCUUACGUGAACCCAAACCUGGCCCAAAAAUGCCAGCUCCGAAGCCAAAGCCGAGUACCCCUCCAAAACCCGAUUUCAGAGCCAGUCUCAAGUCGCGUCAAGCAGCCCCAACCGGCAAUAACACCACGGAACCAGAGUUCAAAGCCGUCUUUGGAAAGUUGAAGCGCGCGCAAACUCAGAACUAUGUCGCCCCGGACGAGUUAAAGGACAACAUCACCAUGGGGAAGGCAGCGCUCAACGUCACAGGUGGCCCGCAGAAGACGAAAAGGGUCGACGAGUUCAAAGAGAGCAUCCUGCAAAAGAAGGAAGCAAUGAAGACAGGUGGUGGUGCAAUCGUCAGACGUCCUGAAGCGACAAGCCCCACAGAAAAACAUAACGACCCUGUACCGGAGGCGCUGGCCAGGCGUAUGGCGUUGCAGAAGACGGGAACUUCAUCUGAGAAGACCGAAAGCAAGAGGCAGAAUGAUAUGGCGGGCAAACCCAAUAUAUUGGCGUCCGAGCCUCGGGCAGUCGGCGGGAAACCGCCAUUGAACGGUUUGGGUACCAAGCCAUCUCUUGUGGGUUCGAAGCCACAGGUUCUCCACGACAAACCAGUUCCAGCAAGGGGAGAACCUCUGUCACAAUCUGAGCGAACUUCGGCACCUCCGACAAUACUCGCAAGCAACCCCGAGAAAUCCGAUGCUGCUCCAGCGACUGUGUUACCUCCACGAUCGGUGUCCGAUGUACCAGCUCGAGUAAGCCAGCAAAAUCCAGAGACCCGGGUGGCAGAACCUGCCCUUUUAGCCGAGUCACUCUCCGGAGUGGAGCGCCCUGAAAAUAGCAAACUCGCUGCUCGGCUCAAUCCUGCACUUGCUGGCAUACUAUCACGAAGUGGUAGCCCGAAGCCUCCUGGAGAUGCGUCUUCCAACGGUCGAGGUGGGAUGCAGGUCCGCGACACUCAUCAGAACCCGCGAGAAAGCACGAAAGAAGAUCCUGCGGAGCUGACUCAUAUGACUAAGGCGCGUUCCAAGGGCCCCAAAAGAAGGGCUCCUAAGACCGCUGCAUCUUCCACUGCGAGCAGCAAACCCAUAUCUGGACAGGCCGCAACAAACUCCACCUCCAUGUCAGCAAAGGCCGUAGGGUCAGCAGAGUCCCCUUUGGAACCCACAGCGCCUUUGCCGCGACGUUCGUUCGCGCCGAAAACAAGUAUGAGCAACCCCACAACGGGACUCCAAAAUGCAGACGUGGUCGUGGGGGAAGUCCAGCGGUCGCUGCCGACUACGCCCGCAGCAGGGAUUGAGAAGCCCAACCUGACUGAAGCCAAACAAUCGUAUCCAACGCUAGUUAAAGCGGAAUUGCCGACGGCCAAUAUUGCCAAAGCGGCUAUUGCAACGCAGUCUGUCAAUAAACCACCUCCUGCUUCCCAAACGGGGUCGGAGUCAAAGCCGAAGCCCGCCGUUGCCAACAAAUCAGCGGAACUAAGAAGGGUGUCAAAUCAGGGUGCACCAACUGGGAGUGUUGACUUGGCCCCUCCACCGAAGCCUAAGACGUCUGCGGAUCUAAGAAGGGAAUCCAACUCUGGCACGCCUGCGAAACCUGGCACGCCAAAGAAGGUCGAAGUCCUGCCUGAUCCUUCAAAAUUGGUAUCAUCACCUCCAGACUCGGAUGGCGAGAGGAAGACGACGGCGAUUUCUCCAGCCUUUGCGCCGACUUUGCCUUUGACGCCGAACAAAUCUAAGCUCAACACUCCAAAGGCUCCAAAGCCUGACAUCACUAGCUCACCGAAAGCCAAUGGGCUUGGGUUGCAGCUUGGAACUGGCUUAAGGAAGCUGGUUGCUGCCCCCGUAUUGACGCCACCGCCGGAACCGCAACCGCUAGCAAUGCGAGCAGUAGGAUCCCCUAGAAAGUUUAUUUCGCCCACGACAUCGUCGCCUUCAAUUAGAUCCCGGCUUGAGAGCUUCUUUGGCGUCCUGCCGACCGCAGGUGAAAAGGUGGAGUUUGACGCGCAUGCUUUCCUUUCUGCCCAGAAUAAGACACCAGAGAAGCCCAAGACUCUGAGCAACCAGAUCUGGGAAGUGUCCGGCGAUGGUAAGAAAACGCCGAUGCCGCCGCAACAGGAACAUAUUCUCUUCGAGGAUUGCCUGUAUUUAUGUGUUCAUUCGAUGCAACUGCCCUCAGGCUCGAAAUUGUCCGAGGUGUAUCUCUGGUGCGGGGACGAAGUGCCCGAAGCAGCCGUGGAAGAUGCUCAACUAUUCUGCAGAAAAGUUGCGCGCGAGAAUAGUGCUAAACUGGAAGUGAUCAAGCAAGGCAAGGAGAGCUCAGAAUUCUUCCAAGCUCUGGGUGGUAUCGUCAUCGUACGGCGGAACAAGUCUUCAGCGCUAUAUAUGGUCUGCGGCAGAAGGCAUCUUGGGCAUGUCGCUUUUGAUGAAGUCGACCUCUCAGCCGACAGCCUGUGCACGGGACUCCCGUUUCUCAUUUCGGCGAAGUUCGGCAAGCUUUACCUAUGGAAAGGCAGAGGCAGCAACCCGGAAGACGUGGGAUGCGCAAGGCUGAUUGGCAUGGACUUGGGAUUGACUGGUGAGAUCGAGGAAGUUUCGGAGGGCGAAGAACCCGCAAGCUUCUGGGACUCGCUGCCUUCCGGCUCAUCCAAGCGAAUGUUACCUCAGAGCAGCAGCGGAGCCGGUGAGCGCGACAGCCAUCCACCGAGACUCUAUCGCGUCGAGCACGACCGUCCAAAGUCGUCAGGUGGCCUAGGCGGCUUUUGGGGACUGAGGGCAUCUUCGCCGCCGAAACAAAGUCUCAAGGCUCUGGUGGAAGAAAUCGCUCCAUUCAGCCAGAAGGACCUUGAUGGACAUCACAUCCACAUCCUCGAUGUCUAUCGAGAACUUUAUGUUUUGAUCGGCAGCUUCGCCAAAAAGCCCGCCGAAUUUGUCACAGCGGUGCAGGUCGCCCAAGAGAUAGCCGUCCUGUCGUCUUCUGUCCAAGACAGGCCUCUUUUGCCGUCUUGUUAUGUUGUGAUGGGUGAGCCUCCGCAGCACAUCAAGUCAAUAUUUCGGAAAUGGACGUCACAGAAAUCGUCGCGUCCAGCGGAACAGUCAUGUCUGCGUGUCGAAGAGGUGGUACAGGAAUUAGGCAUUCCUCUCUGA